UCUGAAAUACUUCGAAUUUCGUAAGGAUAAAUGUAUGAUUCAAUUUUAUAUUUUUAUUAGGAUGGGGGAGAUACGGGAGGGCGUAAAGAGAUGCAAGGCGCAGGGUGGCGACGCUUUUAGUGAGAAGCUGGAAAAUGAGUGCAGGGAGUUUAUAAAGAAGUGUAAUCUUCCUUAUGUUUUAUACAAAGGACAGAAAGACUUUAUUACAGAUGCAACGGAAAUAAUUAGUAAAAGUGCACUUGGUAUUUUAGAGAGCCCAACUGGGACUGGAAAGACUCUUUCUAGUCUAAUCACAGCAAUUAAGUACGUAGGAAACAGUGUAUUUGAUUCUGCUGGUAUAUCAAAGGACAAUAUGGAGUUGCUGAAAAGUUUGUAUAACCGAACAAACAAGCGGGUUAUAUAUGCAUGCAGAACGCAUAGCCAAUUAGAGCAAGUUAUUAAAGAGUUAGAAGAGCUAAAUACUCACGGAACAAUAAGUGUAAAGGGUGUGAUUUUAGGAUCUCGCAGGCAUACGUGUAUUAAUUCAAUAGUGCGCUCGUCUAAAGACAUAAAUAAUAUGUGCCGUAUUUCUGUAAAGGAUAAAAAGUGUUCAUUUUACAAUAAUUUACAGGAGGGAAAGCACCAUGCUGUUCGUAAGCAGGGAAUAUCUAUUGAGGAUGCACUAUCAAUGGGAAGUUCGUGUGAAGUAUGCCCGUACUUUUACUUGAAACAGGAGGCAAAGAGCGCAGGAAUUAUUGUUCUUCCAUACUCUCUUUUUCUCCAGAAAGACUUUUUUAACGAGCUUGGAAUUCAGAUGAAUGAAUCUGUAUUAAUAAUUGAUGAAGCCCAUAAUUUAUUCAAUGCUGUAUUAGAGGAGUAUUCUGUGUGUGUAAGUGAGAGUGAAGUAACACAGAUAUUGCCCCAUUAUGUUGAGUAUAUGAAUAGGCAGAAGGGGAAGUAUAAAGUAGACCUUCUAGAGCUGUUUAUCUUUAUAUCUGGGAUAUGCGAGUAUUUUAAGAAAUCCUGUGCAAAUCAGGCAGAAGAAGAAAACAAAAUAGAUUUAUUUAAUAUAAAUAGGUUUUUGAUAGAUUCUGAGCUAGACCAUAUAAACCUUUUGGAAAUAACCGAGAGAAUGGAUAGAUUUCUGCCAAGCAAAAUAUUCCCUAUUCGCCGGGAGGAUGUAGAGAACCAGAAUGAAGCCAUUUUUAGAAGAAUUUGCAAAUUGGCCAGGCUUCUAGGCGAGUGUGAUAAACAUAGCUAUAUUGUUAAACAAAGUAGUAAACUAUCAUUUAGAAACAUAUAUCCAUCAGACUAUCUUUCAUAUUUUGAGGAUAUUAAAAGUAUUUUGGCAAUUGGCGGCACGCUAACACACUCCUCCGACCUGUCGCUAUUGUUUAAUAGAGAAGUAAUUCGCAAAUCCUAUCCAUCUAUAUGCAAAAAUGUAUAUGUUGCACUUUGCAGCGACUAUUCUUUUGUAUACAGCGAAAGAGACAAGGAAAUCAUUCGAGCAUUUAAUCUGGCACUGCAAUACUAUAAAAAAAUAGAAAGUGGCGGGGUUCUUCUGUUUGUGCAGUCUAAAAGCAUUAUGCUAAAGCUAAAAACAGAAUUGGAGAAAAAAUCAGCGAAUCCUGCAUGUCUUCUAUUUGAAAGCUCCACCAGCAUUCAAGAGUACAAAAGGAUUCUGUCCAAAGAGAAGAAAGUAAUUAUGGUUUGUGUGAUGGGGGGAAAUUUUAGUGAGGGAAUUAACUUUAAGCAUGAAAUGUGCCGAGUUUUAAUCAUAUGCGGGAUACCCCUGCCAAAACCUACAGAAGAAACUCUUUUAAUUCAGAAGAAAAGAGGCGAAGAAUACUUCAUUGAUAAAGGCAUGCAGGCAGUAAACCAAACAAUUGGUAGAUCAAUUCGAACUAAGGAUGACUACAGCUGUGUGCUUUUGCUUGAUAAAAGAUUCAUAAGAUACAGGCACAAACUCUCACAAUGGGCCCAGCCAUACAUUACGGAGAUAAAAAGCACUGAUACAACGGAUAUAUUGCUAGAUAAGUUAUCUAGAUGGUCUCAACAGAAAACACCCAUCUAAUUAUGAAAUAGUUCAAACUCAAAAAGCUAAUAAGAUGUAUAAACAAUAUUAUCUACUGUUGUCUAUGACUAUUAAGACAAUUAACACUGUUUGCUGCACUAUAUUAUCUAUGGUCGACUCUUGCU